AAGCGUUCCUUUGGCCUGUGCAGUCUCCAGCUGACAUAUUUCGAUGAGGAGAACGAGGAGGUGUCCAUUAACAGCCAAGCUGACUAUGAGGAGGCGUUGAAGAGUGCAGCGAGGCAGGGCAACCGGCUCCAUAUGAACGUGUACGAGACCCGGGGCCAGCCGGCGAGGGUCCCCACCACCAAGGCCAGCAGCACAGAGCCAAAGAGGGGCUUCAGACCCCCCCAGCACUGCCCCGCUCUGACCCAGGUGGUCAGCCGCAAAGUGCAGGCCGCGGUGCCGGAGCAGGGCAUGGUGAGACCCCCCCCCCCAGCCGCUCACACUGGAAACUGGGCAUUUCAUAGCAGUCAUAACACCUCAGCUGCCACUCACUGGAUUAAAAAAAAAAAUAUUAUAUUAUAUUUGCAGGGGGGGCUGUACUUAAGUCUGGUUUUUGUGGACAACCAGGACACCAAAAGAGGCCGGGUGUGUUCGUUCUCUCCGUGCAUCGAGCAGGUUCAGAAGACGUGCGAGGCGUUUUCCGAUCAGGGUUUCGAGGACAUCAACUCCUUAGAGGUCCUGCUGAGGGUCCACGACGUGCGGACUGUCUACUUGCCGCUGCCGGACUUCGGCCCGGACCCCUCUGCUCAGAUUCAGCCCGACUCCACCAUCACACCGCCUCAAAACCACGCCUCCAUCGCCGUUAAGACCACCAUCCCGCCCAGAGAUGUGCAAGGGCACACAGGGUACCUCACCUUCGCUACCAAACCCAGGACCUAA